CAACACGUUGUUUAUAUCCUAAUCGCCGCAUUCGUACAAUGUCGUCCAUAAUCAUUUCGUCGGUGCCUAUAUAUGGCCUUGCGUCGGUGUACGUUACGUGACGCGGGGUGAGAUGGCUGGAUUUUAUCAAGUUUUUGUGUGACUUUUUGCAGUUUUGGUGACAUCUUUUUAUUUUCAGAUAUCUUCAGCAAGCAAACAUGUCCUUUGAUCUGAAGUCAGAGAAGGAUGUAAAAGAAUAUGUUGAAAAUUUGGGCAUUGAAUAUAGAUUUGGAUGUUAUAGUGAAAAGAAACCUGAAAGCUGUCACCUAUUGGCCGACUACUUUGAGGGGAUUAAGAAGGACUUUGAGCGAGCAGCAAUAGUCUACAAGAGCACAUGCGACGACUAUGGGUUGGCUGAAAGCUGCCACAAGUAUGCCUCAUAUGCGUUCACGGGCAAAGGCUGCAAACAGGACGUGGAAGGUGCGAUGCGCUACUUCACGCGCGGCUGCGAGGCCGGCGGUAUGCAGUCGUGUCUGAACGCGGGCCUGAUGCACCUGACGGGCGCCACUUCCAACGGCCAGACCAAGGACGUUCCACGAGCCUUGGAGCUCAUCGAGAAGAGCUGUGCCGGCAACAACCCGACGGGCUGCUACUACCUGUCCGGCCUCUACAUCAGCGGCGUCAAGGGCCACCACGAGAAGGACAUGAAGACGGCGUUCCGGCAUGCCCUCAAAGCCUGCGAGCUGGGCAACAUGUACGCGUGCUCGAAUGUCAGCCAGAUGUAUCGGAAAGGCGACGGCGUGGAAAAGAACGAAAAACUGGGCGCCGAGUUCAAGCAGCGUGCUUUGGACAUGCAGGAGCAGGUCAAGAGCCAGCUCAAUGUCGGCUUCCAGCAGGGUGCCGAGGGAUCAUGAUCCCGGUGUGGUUGGCUUUGUAGUUUCUGUUUGUGAUAAAUGUGAAUGCAACGAAUUUUUGUUGUACAUGGCCUAAUCAGAAUGUUACAUUCUGAUCAUUUUAAGCAGUCAAUAGCGUUGUUGCUUGUUAUUGUUUAAUGAACGCAACAUUAAGACGCUUUAUUGCCGAUGAUAUAAGUCACUGGCUGUAGUCGAGGAAAUCCAACAAUAAUAAACAAAACAUAUGUUC